UCACUAAGUGGAUCCACUUCGACAGCACCGAAAUCAUCGCGCAGUAGAAGGAAAAUUUUCUUCGCAAGCGAUCUAACCGCUAGUGCCGUCACAAAGUUUUUCCUCGUUCAUCGGUCAGCAUUUGUGUGUCCUCGAGUGAGAAGAGGCUAAUACGUGUCUGUGCUCGUCACAUCGGUCACGCGGCAGAUUUCGUCGAUUGAAAUAUUUUCCCCUCGGAUCGGGUCCAGUUUACAGUUGCAAGAAAACAAAAAAGAAGUAGCAAUCAUCCGCGGAACAGUAAUAUCGUAAGAGGAGCACAAAAUGUCCACCCAUACUAUGUCGGCUCAGCAGGCCGCCAAGGAGCACGUUCUGGCCGUAUCCCGGGAUUUCAUCUCGCAACCCCGUCUGACCUACAAGACGGUGUCCGGUGUGAACGGUCCGCUCGUUAUCCUGGAUGAGGUCAAGUUUCCCAAGUUUGCCGAGAUCGUGCAGCUGAAGCUGAACGAUGGUACCAUCCGCUCUGGUCAGGUGCUGGAGGUGAGCGGUUCUAAGGCCGUCGUCCAGGUGUUCGAGGGUACCUCCGGUAUCGACGCCAAGAACACAGUGUGUGAGUUCACCGGUGACAUUCUACGUACUCCGGUAUCGGAGGAUAUGUUGGGUCGUGUAUUCAACGGCUCCGGUAAGCCCAUCGAUAAGGGCCCACCGAUCUUGGCAGAAGAUUUCCUUGAUAUUCAGGGUCAACCAAUCAACCCGUGGUCCCGUAUCUAUCCGGAAGAAAUGAUUCAGACCGGUAUUUCGGCUAUCGAUGGCAUGAACUCGAUCGCCCGUGGUCAGAAGAUUCCGAUCUUUUCGGCUGCUGGUUUGCCGCAUAACGAAAUCGCUGCCCAGAUUUGUCGUCAGGCGGGUCUUGUCAAGCACACCGGCAAAUCGGUGAUCGACGAGCAUGAGGAUAACUUUGCCAUUGUUUUUGCCGCUAUGGGUGUUAACAUGGAAACUGCCCGGUUCUUCAAGCAGGACUUCGAGGAGAAUGGUUCCAUGGAGAACGUGUGUCUUUUCUUGAACUUGGCAAACGAUCCAACUAUCGAACGUAUUAUUACUCCACGUUUGGCUCUGACAGCGGCUGAGUUCUUGGCUUACCAGUGCGAGAAGCACGUGUUGGUUAUUCUGACUGACAUGUCAUCAUAUGCGGAAGCUCUUCGUGAGGUAUCAGCUGCCCGUGAGGAAGUACCCGGUCGUCGUGGUUUCCCCGGUUACAUGUACACGGAUUUGGCCACUAUCUACGAGCGGGCUGGACGUGUCGAAGGUCGUAACGGUUCCAUCACCCAGAUUCCCAUUCUGACUAUGCCUAACGAUGAUAUUACCCAUCCGAUUCCGGAUUUGACUGGUUAUAUUACGGAGGGGCAAAUCUACGUCGACCGUCAAUUGCACAAUCGGCAAAUCUAUCCCCCAGUCAACGUACUUCCGUCGCUGUCUCGUUUGAUGAAGUCCGCCAUCGGUGAUGGCAUGACCCGCAAGGAUCACUCCGACGUGUCCAAUCAGCUUUAUGCCUGUUACGCUAUCGGUAAGGAUGUCCAGGCCAUGAAGGCCGUCGUCGGUGAGGAAGCUUUGACUCCGGAUGAUUUGCUUUACCUUGAGUUCCUGACCAAGUUCGAAAAGAAUUUCAUCUCCCAGGGCAAUUACGAAAACCGCACCGUCUUCGAAACGCUAGACAUCGGAUGGCAGUUGCUGCGUAUCUUCCCCAAAGAAAUGUUAAAACGUAUUCCAGCUUCGAUCCUGGCCGAAUUCUACCCGAGAGACUCGCGCCACUAAGCUGCCCACAGCUAGGGCAAAAAAGAACAGCCGCAACAAAAGUUUAUUUUCCGUUUUAAUCCAUUUGCAAUUUAAUUUGUAUUUUGUUGUUUAUUCAUCGCGUUUGUUUUCUAUUUUGUUGUUUAUUCAUCGCGUUUUGCCAUAAAUCAUGCGGAUGAUGAUCGUGAGCCGGAAAGUAUUGUUAUUUAAUUUAAAUGUAAAAAAAAUUCAAACUUACAAUUUUCAACCAGCCAAAGUAGGCAACCUGUAGUCAGAUAUCCAUCAACUUAUCGAACGGACAGAAGUCGAAGAACAUUUUCCAACUACAUUAACGUGUGCGUGUGCGUGCUCGGUGUAUUUUCAAUCCGUCAAAUGUCAUUUCGCUGGUGUUACGCGAAGCGCUGUGGAAAUUAACCAUUCCUGAUAGCAACAUGAGAGAACGACACUAAAAUAGAGUGCAACCAUUAUCGAACAAUAAUUUGAUUUUAACGGGUUUUUCCCUCGGCCAACCCUAAUCCCGGCUGCCAUUGAAAGUCUACGCCAAUCGCGUGGAACAGAAUCGACGUUCGUGCAGCAAUAUAAAAUCGACCAACCAACGAGAAACAACAAACAACAACAAAAUCCAUGCAAACAAGAACAUCUGUGCAACUCGAACAGUAGAGAAAAAAAUCUAAACUAAACCAGCUGGCGACGUUGACUCCAGGGGAAAUUUUCAGCAUCUAAUUUCCUCGGUCAGUUUUCCUAGGCGCACGCCGACUCGAACUAACAUUCUUUACUAGAAGCCAAGAGACGGUGGGAUUGGCGUGGACCGAUUUGCUAGCCAGUGGGGGGGUUGCUGCUCGACCCUGGAAAGCCUAUUUAGUUUCAAUUUUCGCACCUUGCUAAGGUAAAAUAAUCAACAGUUAAAUUUUUAUUUUGUGUUAAGUUAUGCUUGGACCAUAAGUAAUGUUAGCCUAUCUAACCCGUGGAUGUGGUUUAGCUAUAUGAAGAGAAAAAUCGAACCGUCUACAACUAUCCAAUAAUAUAAGUAGAGAAAGUGGUUACGCGCAAUGUUCUUAUAUUUUUAUUAGUGUCAUAAGUUAGCAGUUAACUACCAAGCGUUUCCUUUUUGCAUGUUCUUAUAAUUGUUUGUCGUAAUCAGGAGAUUUUAGCCCGAAAGUUUUGCUAACUGUGCUUGAUUUUGGUGUAUUUGUUUUGCUGGCUGUCUGCAUCUUGAUGAAGGCACCUUAAUUGCUGGCUGGCUUUACCAACAACUGGAAGCCUUCUCGCCACCGUGGUUACCAAUCCCCUUUGAUCAAAGUUACACCUGAGAACAUGUCAGUUAGCUUGCUUGGCGGAACAGCAACUUACAUCUCUAGCGAUUCCGGUCCUAACAAUUCGAUCAUCACCAGCGGAUCAACUGUGUGUUCUUUGCUACGAAAUGUAACCAUCUGGUGAGAUAGCUGCGAAUAAGUUACCUUUGCAAGGGGUGCAGGCUGGUAGGCAAAAUACUUACCAGUCGGGAAGGGAAAACUUCUGUACGAUAAUUAUUUUUUAAUCUAAGAUUUUAGUGUAGAAACAGCGGAAUCAAAUACACACUAUAUUCAUCGUUAUGCGACGUCAUAGGUUAUUUAAGCUGAAAGGUACUACCGGUAGAAUCUGUUAUAUAGGCAGUGGCAGAUGCACUCGCGGGGUGGGAGAGAAUGCUGAAGAUAUUAGAGUUGCUAGGCCACACAAAUGAAUAUAUUAUGAUACUAUUAGCUGUUGAGAAAACUAAAUUCAUUCACUGUAUACACCUAAAACAAUGAAACAGAAAUACAACAAAAAAAUCAAUAAAAGCGGAUAAAACUUACAA